GCAAAAUGGCCGAUACUCGUUGGACAGCGACAGACGUCCCGUGAAAUAUGCGUAAUGUUGAGCGGUCAUCGUUGUAAAUAAACAUUAAAGUGGCAGUGUCGUAAUCAUAGCUGUGAUCAGUGGCAGUGCAUGGUGUCUUCACACAAGUGUCAUUUCCAUGAUAAAACUAAUACAGUGAAAAGUUGUGUUGGUGUUUUGUGCAUUGUUUUUAAGAAAAACUUCGCCCUGACUUCAGUUUUGGAUUUAUGUUUACUUGAACUCGGUGAUGCUGGGCGUGUCGGGGCCUGGGCCAGGCGGAGGGGGAGGGGGUGGGGGAGAGCCCGGCGCGGGGGAGCUGCUCACUGUCACCGUGGUGCGCGACGAGCACGGCUACGGCAUGAAGGUCUCCGGUGACAACCCUGUGUACGUACAGUCUGUGAAGGAGCAUGGAGCGGCGUGGCGAGCUGGCCUCCGCGCUGGUGACCGCAUACUUUGCGUGGAUGCUGUCCACGUGUACCAACACACACAUCAGCAGGUCGUUCACAUGAUACGAGCAAAACCGACAAUAGCGUUGACUGUACAACAGAAUAGCUCGCGGAACAAGACGCCCAUCACUGCGCCACUACCCGUCAAUCCGGAGAACCAGCGGCAGUUGGAAGAGUCGAAGGUGCUGACGAUGAGGCUCAUGUUGCAGAAAGAGCAGAAAUACAUCAGGGAGUUGCGCAAUGAGGUGCAGAAGGUGCCCGACGUGAGGAAGCAGACGCUGCUGGAGGCGGCCGUGCAGCGCUGCUCCAAGCUGCAGCACGAAAUAGACGCGGUGAUGGCCGCGCAGGUAAAUACUACCUUAUGACAUAUGCGAUAGAGUUUAUUAUACCUUAG